AUGGCAUCGGUAGCUUCGAGUUCCACCUCAACGGUUUCCGACAAACAGACUCUCCCAGGAUUCGAGGUUGGAUUUCUGAAGUCCCCACGACGACUUUUGUCCGCAUUUCUCGUGAUCACAAAAGCCAUCGGCUGGGGUAUUAUCAACUUCAUAGUCACAUCUAAAAAAGAGCGCAGGCCAGAAAGACCAAAAGUAGCUAUCGACGGACGAAAAUGGGUCUCCCUAUCGCGCUGUUUAGGAGUACAUAUCUUACCGGUUUGUGGAACUAUCACUAUUUUUUGGUUAAAUGGUGUAAACUACUAUAUCGGGGGGAACCUCGCCGCAUCGAGUAACGAGGAAACUGAUAAAGCGUAUUUAAAUGCACUUCAAGUCGCGGCUAAAGCGCAAGAGUUACUUGUCCUGGCUUCUUUGGCGACGAUGGUAGCGGAUUAUGUGAGAUAUCAUGCUUGCUUGGGGGACGGCGUUCCUUUCGCAGCACUCACGGCAUCGUUUUCGUUUACUUCCCUAGGAUAUAUUUACAGCCCCGAAUACUGCUCCGUUCUUUUGGAAAUACCAUCAGGUUCUGCAAGAAGAGUUACCCGCAAAGUACUUUUUGCAAUUUUCCUUCUCGCAGUUACUGUCGCGGGUGCCUUGAUCGGUCCAGCGACCGCCAUUACUAUCAUACCCGCCAUUGACUGGUUCCCCGCCGGAAGCCCUGUUGUGAAUAUCACCCUUCCCGUGGGCAUUACUAGCAGCGCCUUACCUCUCACACUCAGAUCUAACAACGUACCCGCGAACUGCUCCAAUGCGGAAGCGACCCUAAGCGACCCUCCAUGUCCAGCAGCUGGUUACUAUUCCAUUAUGAGUUGGGCAAGGAGUAUCGGGAAACGAGAUCCACUUUAUUACAAAGGUGUCCAGCAAUAUAAUCCUAAGGUAGUGGGCAGCGACUUUGCUACUGAGAUAAUAUUCCAACCUAUUUUCGAAUUACGCCGUUUCUUCAACAUUAUACGCUGCGGACAACCUAAGUACAGGGAGAUGGCGGUACUGCUGGAGGAACGAAGGGCAUGGCAUUUCCGUCUUCUUAAUUUAUCAAAUUACGGCUUGGGAAGGUUUCGUUAUCGAUUUCGUUCCGAUGCAAGAGUUAGUUUCCGUUCCGAAGCACCUCGUACAUUGGUUAUUUGCAAUGAAGGGAUGGCUUUCGCAAAUUCGACAGUGCUCGGGUUUCCAAUACCCUUAUCUCCUGAAGGCUGGGAAACAGAUCCCGACGCCGAAAAACUUGCACCGGAUGCUGAGAAUAACGAAUAUUUUUUUUCCUUGGCGAAUAUAACCACCGGUGGCGCGCCGAUAAUCGAAAAGUGGGCCGAAUGGGCUGGAGUAAAUACAACAGCCAGAUUUCAGGAUCCAAAAUGGCGGUUACAGUGGGUACGAGCAGGAUCGGUAGCACAUUCGGAUCCGGGAAUUGCAUCAGCUCGAGCGGUAGUUUAUGCUCCGAUUUUAAACCAACCGGGCGAUGACAUAAACAAUACAAGCCGAAUCGUAUAUACUUGCAGUAUAUUAUCACAUUGGCUUCCAUCGACAAGUAGCAUCGACGUAAACCUGGACGUCUCAAUCCGCCAAUUUACUUCGAAGCAAACAAUCGAACACGAGUACGCCAAAACAAGCAUAACAAACUUCUAUAAUGGGAAUGGAACGCUUCGGGGUCAAAGAGCAUACAUCGACCAGGACCCUAUAAUGCUUGAAACGGACUGGCUAGAUGCUUUGACUCCAAACAUAAUGCCUCCACAAGACUACAAUACGAGGGGUCGAGAACUUACUAUUGAAAGCACCCUGUUGGAUUCUCUUGGUAGUAACACCACAUCUGAUAAUUUCAGCAAUGAUCUGGCCAUCUCAUCCAUUUUAUGCGCUACUGUUAGCGAUGGUCUCUCUCGGGUCAACACUAAAAGCCUACUUUACCCGUCUACAUCCGAGGAUUCGUAUCCACUCGACUUGAAUUUCGAAGUCCAGGGUUACGGAUACAAGACGGAUUCGAGAACAUCGCAGUGGGCGCUAGCCCUUCUCGGCGGCCAUCUUUUAUUAGUGUUAAUACAUGUUGGCUGGACAAUAAGCAUCUGUCGAUCUUUCAAAGCUUGGGAAACCUUUUCUGAGGUUAUAGCUUUAGUGUUAAAUUCGGAUAAGUCGGAUAUUAUGGAUAAUUGUUGCGCGGGGAUCGAAAGAUUCCAUACGCUCAGGAAUACUGUUUUGAUUCGAGAAGUGGGAGAAGAUAAGAGACUGGGGUUGGUGUUUAGUAGGGAUGUAGAUGCAGCUGGGUUGAAGUUGGAAAAAGUGUCUGCGGAUGAGAAGUAUCCAAUUUUUUGA